AUGCAGCAAACAACAGGCCAAAAUGAGGACAUAUGGAGGUGGAAAAACAACACAGCAAAAGGCUAUUCGGUGAAGGAGGUCAGGAAGGAACUGGCCGGUAUUAUCGAUGUGAACGCAGCACCAAGUAGUUUGGAAUGGAGCAAGAUCGCCACGGCAAAGGUAAACCUCUUUAUAUGGAGAGCAUCUGAAGAAAAGAUACCAACACUGGUGGCAUUAAGUCAUAGGGGAGGUCAGAGGGGGCCGACAGAUUGUAAAGUAUGCGGUUUAGCUCCCGAAACUGCUAACCACAUUAUUGUUCACUGCCCGUUUGCUAAAGAAGUGUGGCUACAUCUUUGGUCUUGGAUGAUAAUUCCGAUCAGAAAUCACGAUGAAGAUAUGAAAACAAGGUUUCAAGAGAUGUCAGAUUGGCCGAGAAACAAGGUAAAAAUAAUAUUCGCGAUCCACCUCUUAGCCGGAUGGCACCUUUGGAAGAAUAGAAAUAAUAAAGUUUUCAACAAUUCACUCACUAACCCGGGAAAAUUGGCGGAAGAAAUAAAGGAAGAAGCGUUUGAUUGGAUCAAGCUGAGGUCUAGGCAUACCGGAAUAACGUGGCUCGAAUGGAGAAACUUCACUUUUUGGAACGACCCACCUUAG